UGCGUGCUACGUCAUCACGUCCACGCCGGAAGCGGAAGUGAACACGUGUGAAGGAAGGGAUCCACCACGCACGCGCCACGGACUGUGCUCAAGAGACCUUCCUCCUCCUCCUCCUCCUCUUCGUCGCGAUGGCCGUCAGAGCUUCGUUUGAGAAGAACAACGAGAUCGGCUGCUUCGCCAAGCUCACCAACACGUACUGCCUGGUGGCGGUGGGCGGCUCGGAGAACUUCUACAGUGUGUUUGAAGGUGAGCUGUCAGAAACCAUCCCAGUGGUUCACGCCUCCAUCGCUGGAUGUCGCAUCAUCGGUAGGAUGUGUGUAGGUAACCGCCAUGGGCUCCUGGUGCCCAACAACACGACUGACCAGGAGCUGCAGCACCUGAAGAACUGCCUGCCGGGCGCCGUGCGGCUGCAGCGGGUGGAGGAGCGGCUGUCGGCGCUCGGCAACGUCGUCGCCUGCAACGACUACGUGGCGCUGGUCCACCCCGACCUGGACCGGGAGACGGAGGAGAUCCUGGCCGACACCCUGAAGGUGGAGGUGUUCCGGCAGACGGUGGCGGAGCAGGUCCUCGUGGGCUCCUACUGCGCCUUCAGCAACCAGGGCGGCCUGGUGCACCCCAAGACCUCCAUCGAGGACCAGGACGAGCUGUCCUCGCUGCUGCAGGUCCCCCUGGUGGCCGGCACGGUGAACCGGGGCAGCGACGUCAUCGCCGGCGGCAUGGUGGUGAACGACUGGUGUGCGUUCUGCGGCCUCGACACCACGAGCACCGAGCUGUCCGUCAUCGAGAGCGUCUUCAGGCUGAGCGACGCCACGCAGCCCGCCGCCAUCGCCACGAGCAUGAGGGACUCGCUGAUCGACAGGUACACACACAGA